AUGUGGCGCGCGGCCUGGCGCUGCCUGGCGCAGCGGGGCCCCCCGGGCCCCCCCUUAGGGUACAGCAGAGGGGGUCACACGGGGGCCCCCGGCGGGUCUCUUCUUCGGGCCCCCCCCCCGGGCUGCAAGGGGGCCCCCCGGGGGCCCCGGGGGCCCGAGCUGGGGGCCCCCCCCGCCACUGUUGCUGCAGCUUUCCGUGUUUGCUGCUCGCCGUUUCCCUGCGCAGCUUCUUCAUCCCGGGCCUUCUCCAGCGCGCCCCCCGCAGACGCUGCAGCCUCCCCCGCUGCUGCAGCAGCAGCGGCAGCAGCAGAGCCCCCUGCAGCGGCAGCAGAGCCCACUGCAGCGGCAGCAGAGCCCACUGCAGCAGCAGCAGCAGCAGCAGCAGCAGGCUGCGGGUGCCUGCCGGUGCCUCGGGGGGAGCUGCGGGAGAUCUGCAUCCGGAAAGAAAUGCGGAUGGUGGCCUGGCUGGCGGACAACACCGGAAUAGAUGUGGGCUGCAUGCGGGCCCGCGGUUUGCUGCUGCCGCUGCUGGGGCCCCACACCCCGCGCCCGCUGGGGUACGCGUGGCGCGAGCUGCAGCUGCUGCUGGGCAGCAGCAGCAGCAGCAGCGGCAGCAGCAGCGGCAGCAGCAGCAGCAGCAGCGGGGGCGCGCAGCAGCGGCUGCGCAGCGUGUUUCGGCAGGCCUCCGUUGCUGCUGCGCUGCGCAGCGGGCGGCUGCUGGAAGUGCUGGACUGUUUUGCUGCUGAUGUUGCUUUUGCUUACUGCCGGCCGCAGUUUGAACUGAGUCCCGACAAGCAGCACUUGUUCUUGACCGUCUCCAUCGACUCCAUCCGCCUCUUCAGCAGCAGCAGCAGCAGCAGCAGCAGCAGCAGCAGCAGCAGCGGCAGGGUGCCUUAUAUUUCCGUGGAAAAGGACUUGUGCCUCAGAGGCUUCGUUUCCUACGCAGGAAAGUCUUCGGUCGAAAUCACUGCGGAGCUCCACCAGAGCUUUCAAAUGCGUGCUUUCCGCCAACUUGCACGCCCGCGCAGGACGGCGCAUGCAUCGGCUCCGCCUGCCUGGUGUUCGUACACGUGGGCCCCGACGGACGGCCCCGGGGGCCCCUCCCGCCGCUGGAGUCAGCAGCAGCAGCAGCAGACGCAGCAGCAGCGCAGCACUUGCUGGCAGCAGCAGCUCGCCAGCAGCAGCGCCGCGCUGCUGCCCACACAGACGCAGUCCUCAGGGGCCCCGACGCAGAAGAAACAGAGUUCCUCCACAAGACCUGGCUAG